UAUCGUAACCUCCUGUAACCAAUGCGCCCGGACGCUCGGGUGAUUCACUGGAGCGACCUAUGCGCGACUUUCUGAUGCAACGUCCGAGUCGAGGAAUCCUCCGGUGCACGUUGGGGUGACAAGGCUGCAGUGUGUUGCAGACGAUGUCCUUGGAGGUGACCGGGCCGACCGCAGGGAUGGUACUAGCAGAGCUCUAUGUCUCGGAUCGAGAGGGAAAUGAUGCUACCGGUGAUGGAACCAAGGAGAAACCUUUUAAAACCGGUCUAAAGGCUUUGAUGACGGUAGGAAAAGAACCGUUUCCCACCAUUUACAUAGAUUCACAAAAAGAAAAUGAGAGGUGGGAUGUUAUUUCUAAAUCACAGAUGAAGAACAUUAAAAAAAUGUGGCAUAGGGAACAAAUGAAGAACGAAUCCCGGGAAAAGAAAGAGGCAGAAGACAAUUUGCGAAGAGAAAAGAACCUGGAAGAAGCAAAGAAGGUUACCAUUAAAAACGACCCAAGCCUCCCGGAGCCACAAUGUGUGAAGAUUCAUGCCCUAGAAGGAUACAGAGGCCAAAGAGUCAAGGUGUUUGGCUGGGUCCACAGGCUGCGUAGACAAGGAAAGAACUUAAUGUUUCUGGUGUUGCGGGACGGCACGGGUUAUCUUCAGUGUGUCUUGUCGGAUGACUUGUGUCAGUGUUACAAUGGAGUAGUCUUGGCCACCGAGAGCAGUGUUGCGGUCUAUGGAAUGCUAAAUCUGACCCCAAAGGGCAAGCAGGCUCCCGGCGGCCACGAGCUGAGCUGUGACUUCUGGGAACUGAUCGGGCUGGCCCCUGCUGGAGGAGCUGAUAACCUGAUCAACGAGGAGUCGGAUGUUGACGUCCAGCUCAACAACCGGCACAUGAUGAUCCGGGGAGAAAACAUGUCCAAGAUCCUGAAAGCACGUUCCAUGGUCACUAGGUGCUUUCGAGAUCACUUCUUUGACAGGGGGUACUACGAAGUCACUCCUCCAACGCUAGUGCAAACACAGGUGGAGGGCGGUGCCACGCUCUUCAAGCUGGACUAUUUCGGGGAAGAGGCGUUUUUGACUCAGUCCUCUCAGUUGUACCUGGAGACCUGCAUCCCAGCCCUGGGAGACGUCUUUUGUGUUGCACAGUCAUACCGCGCAGAACAGUCCAGAACACGAAGGCACCUGGCUGAAUACACGCAUGUGGAAGCAGAGUGCCCUUUCCUGACCUUUGAGGAGCUCCUGAACCGACUGGAGGACUUGGUUUGUGACGUGGUGGACAGAGUCUUGAAAUCACCCGUGGCGAGCAUAGUGCGUGACCUCAACCCGAACUUCAAGCCCCCCAAACGGCCUUUUAAGCGGAUGAACUAUUCGGAUGCUAUUGUGUGGUUGAAAGAACACAAUGUAAAGAAAGAAGAUGGCACUUUCUAUGAAUUUGGAGAGGACAUCCCGGAAGCUCCUGAGAGACUGAUGACGGACACCAUCAACGAGCCCAUCUUGCUGUGCCGGUUUCCCGUGGAGAUCAAGUCCUUCUACAUGCAGCGGUGUCCCGAGGAUCCCCGCCUCACGGAGUCGGUCAUUAAAUUUUUAGCCGCAAUAAGUGAAUUCCUUUCACAGCAGAAAAUAUUUAAUAUUUUAGACAAAAUUUUAAACAUCUGCUCUUCUGUCUUUCUUUUUAAACAGAGAAAAUACGGCACAUGUCCCCAUGGCGGAUACGGCUUGGGCUUGGAGCGAUUCUUGACCUGGAUUCUGAAUAGGUAUCACAUCCGAGACGUAUGCUUAUACCCACGAUUUGUCCAGCGCUGCAAGCCAUAACGGAUUCGUCCAGAAGCAUUAAGGAAAGAAUACAGUUUAUGAAAGGAACAGACUGCCUCUUUCAAAAAAGAAAAGGCAAAAUCUUCCCUUUUUUAUUAAUUUGUGUUUAUCCAUUUUUUUCUCUACCACAAAGAGGAAUCCAAAUCAUUUGAAAGUAACAUUAGUAUUGUCCUUUUUUUUUUUUUUUUUUUUUUUUUUGGUAUGGUCAUUUUAAAAAACAAUAUCCGUCAGAAAGUUUGGGGGAAAUGUGUGGCAUGUAACACUACAGUUAUAAAUCCAUUUCAGCAUUUUAUCUAAUUAUAGGUUAUAAUUCUUGCAUCAUGUAUACCACAUAUAUAAUUAAACAGUUUUUAAUUAUGGUCUAAGACAUUCCGGUAACUUAAUCUUUCCGUCCUGUUAAAUGUAACUGGAAUUCCUUAAUUUAUAUCAUUUUAUUGUAUCAGUGAGUGAGAACAAACAUCUUGGGGGAAAAUCGGCAGUGUGGUGUAAAAAUCUAGUAUUAGAUCAGUGUGAUUCAGUACUAGAUGCUGAAAUCAAACAAACACAGUUUAGCCUUGGUUAUUAAUCUCUUCUGAUGGCAUAGAGCCGCUUAUAAUUCUAAAGCAUACGAACUGAUGUGGAAGAAUUUGUAAAAAUGGAAUUGCCCUAAACAAUUUGAAGUUAAAGCCAAAACAUUUUUUUGGUUCCUAGCAUUAGGUGAAGCCAAAGAGGCAGUGAUCUUCCCUCUUUCCUGGUAAUUUCUAAGUCAUUAAGAAUAAAUAAAUUCCAAAAGAAUUUGCAGCCGGAAUCUUAAUGACAAUUGUACGUGGCUGUCUGAGCCUUCUCGCACUGUCUUUAGAUCUGAUCUGUGCUACCUUAUUAACUCGAGCAGGCUUGUUGAAUGCCUUCAUUUCAGAUAUGGUUAAUUUCUCUCCCAAAAUGCAUGUCCUGUAUUCUCAAUAGGCUGUAUUCCCAGCGAUCAAUAAAUGAACACAUAAAAACUC